AUGACGGGGACGUACGUGGAUUUAAAGACUGAAAAGUUCUUGCAAUGGCUUGAAGCGACUCCUGGGUUCAAAAUCAGUGAGAAAAUCUCACUUGUCAACUCAUCAGAAGGACAAUUUGGACGGUUUUUGAUUGCAAAAGAGCUAAUCAACAGGGGAGAAGUGCUUUUUGAAGUGCCUAGAGAUCGACUUUUCAAUGUUCUUAAUUGCAGUCUGAGCCAAGACGGCGCGAUCCGCGAGAAACUAGUUUCGAGUGUGGGUCACUGGGAAGGACUUGUACUGGCACUUUUGCACGAGAUAAAGUUGGUUGGACCCGAGAGUAAGUGGUGGGCUUACCUGCAAGUGUUGCCCGAGAGUGGUGGGAUGGAAACCUUGAUGUACUGGUCGGACGAAGAAUCAGGAAUGCUGCGUCCAUCAUCGAUCAUUGACAGAAUCGGUCGCCAUGAAGCACAGGAGAUGUACAAGAGGAUUAUGAGUUUAUCAAACGAGCUGGGACUGACGGAAUUUGAGUCUACGACCUGGGAUGAGUUUGUCGAUGCGGCCUCGGUGAUCAUGGCGUAUUCGUUUGACGUAGAAGUCAUUCAGGCGCAGAAACCUGUGAGGAAGAAGACGACCACGGGCAAUGAUGACUUUGAAGAUGAAGACGCCGAGGCAGGCACUGUGAAAACCGAUGGUUACUCCAAGUCGAUGGUGCCACUCGCAGACAUGUUGAACGCCGACACUCAUUUGUGCAAUGCGCAUUUGAUCCAUUCCAAGAAAUUCCUUAAAAUGAAAGCCAUCGCAGAUAUACCGGCUGGCGACCAGAUAUACAAUUUCUAUGGGGAGCACGCGAACGCGGAGCUGCUGCGUCGAUAUGGAUACGUUGAGUGGGGCGGCUCCAAAUACGAUACGGCUGAGAUACCCUUACGUGCUAUAGUCCAGGCCACCGCGGAAUACACUGGCGCAUCACUAGAUCUUGUCAGACGCAUACUCAACGUAUUGAACGAGAGUUCCAAGAUCGAAGAGUUUUUGGAGUCCGAGCCGUUAGUUUUAAAUGGCUAUGAUUGCGGAGUCGACGGUACAAUUUCUCCUGAAUGCAUUACAGUACUUCAGAUAUUGGUUGCUAUUUUGGCAUUGCCAGAUGUAAAUUCAUUUGACGAUGCCGUAUUGGAAAAUCGUCUUUUGAAAACAACCCAAAUCGGGUUGCAAUUAGUAAACGGAUCUCGGAUCACCGUGUCGGUCGUGCACUUGUGGAAACGUAUCGUAAAUCUUCAUCUAGAAGCAUACCCAAGUCAUGCUUUCAGAGAAGUGACCCCCGAUCAUUUCCAGCUGAAGGGGAAUGAGUUACGGCAACAAAUGGCGCAAUGCGUCUUGGAGAGCGAAAUACGAUGCUUGCAGAACUGUUUUUUGAGUAUCGAAAGGGACAUGAACCUUUUGAGAGAUUCAACCAUACUGAACAUGUUGCAGAAAAGAACCAUAGACGAUUCCAAUGGGUCAAAUCCCGAGCCACCCACGAAGAGAAUAAAAAAUUAA